UAGUAACGAUUAUGGAGUAUUUAAUUGAAAUAUUUCUUAUUUCAGGUUUUUAGAUGUCAUGAUUCCUUAACUUGACAUGUAUGCCAGGCGGUGUGUCCUUAAAGAAGUUUCUUAAAAAUCUCUCUGAAACAUCGCCAUGACAGAAGAGCUGGAGCCUAGUGCUAAAAAAUCCUGUGCCGACUGUGAUUUAGGACUACUUGCAUUUGGACACAGGUAUUUAGGAAAUGCCGAACUGUGUUUCCAAUACUUAGUGCGACAUGGUGUCCUCAGGGAUCAGCUGACAUGUAAAAAGUGCGGUGAGCUGUGCCGGCUCUACUUCAACCAAAGGGUAUUCAAGUGCCAAAAACUGGUCCGUAAAUUGAAGAAAAAGCCUCAGAGGUGCAACUUUCAACAGUCUGUAUACCACAACACCUGGCUUCACAACAGUCAUCUGGAUAUUGAGAGCAAUGUCUUGUUUAUAUAUAUGUAUCUAACAGACUACUUCUCAUACCAAGGAAUCAGAGAUGAAAUCACCGGAAUAUCAGACAAAACCAUCAGUGAGUGGUCUUCGUAUUGCAGAGACGUAUUGAUACACUGGUGCCAAGUGAACAGCUCAAAACAAAUCGGUGGCCCUGGCUUAACAGUCGAAAUUGAUGAAUUGAAGUUGAAAAAGAGGAAAAAUAAGGAAGACAGGAUCACCGAGAGUAUGUGGGUAAUGGGUGGCCUUUGCUGUGAGACAAAGGAGUUCUUUGCAGUUGAAGUGGACAAAUGGGACAAAGAUUCCCUCUCGGCAGUUAUCGAAGAAAAGGUGUGUCAAGAAUCAACGGUGAUAAACAACUGUUGGAAACGUCACAGUUCUCUGCAGGACGAAGAAUUCCAACAUCUGGAAGCCAACCAUGAACUGAAUAACGUAGACCUUGAGGCUGAUCCUCAUGCUAACAAUUUGGGAAAUAAGAGGAAAAAGCCGAAGAGGAAGGUGCCACAGUAUGGGAAUCGUGCGUACUGCUAUGAGGGUUUUCUGGCAAAAGCAGCUUUCAUGCUACGGUAUCCGGAGACAAGCAGGCGGAUGCACCCAUUCCUCCUGGCCGUGGCUCAGCGCUUUCCUCCAGGACCUUGAAGAAAUGUGUGAACCUGAUGGAUGGUGUUAGACAGAAGCAUAAAGUCAGGUUGCUGUGAAGAAAUUAUUUUUUCAUGGAGGAAGCUGAUUUUGACACAGUAGAAGAAUAUGGUAUCCAGUUUGAAGACUUUGAAUGUGUAUAUUCAAGGAGAAGAGUGUAUUUGCUAAAAAGAGACUUUACUUCAGUUCAGUUUUUUCUUAUUUUUGGUGUCAGCAGAUUUCCUGAGAUACAUGGGGAAGCACACAGGAAAGACCCUGUGAAUGUUCAGCGUGUACAUGGUCACUUAAAACAGGUGAGAAGCAAUUUAGGUACAUCAUUUGAUUGGUCAUGUCAACAGACCCUACAAAUGCCAGAUCUGUUUGAAAGCUUUUUAAACCCCAUAUCAAUCAGUGAGAAAACAAAAGAAUUCACAAGAAAGACAGAUGAUUCCAGUGUGAUAUUUGUAGCACUGUGAUUUUAAAGGUCCAGAGGUUUUAAGGUUUUGCUAUUGGAGUGAUAUGUACAAGAAACCCCUCUGCUGUACCUCGGGAACUUUUAUGACAAACUAUUUUUUUGAUUUUGAAGUUAUAGGGUCUUACUCUUAUACCAUUUGUGAAAAAAAUGAUAAGGGAAAGAGAACAAUAUUAUUAAAGGUAUAUAGUAUAAAGGUAUAUUUUUUGCAAUCUUAUUUUUUGCAUAUUCUCAGAUAUUUGUUUAAAUGUUAUAUAUUUUUAUAUGCUUAGUCUAUAUUAUUUUUACAAAUGUUGUAGGCUUUAUUAUAGAUAUAGUAAACAGUAAAUUUUGUUUGUGAUAAGAAUACAUCUUAGAAAUUGAAGAAAUUCAUGUUAUUGAUGUUGAAACAAAUAAAAAUGAGUUUUCAUCAU